UGCCCGGAUGUGGCCGCGCCGGAAGAGAAGCGCGUCUCAUCAGGGCCCGCCAUCUUGUGCGGCAGAGAGCAGGGCGCGGGGGGCCCGGUAGCAUCCGCGCAGGAUCCCGCCGACGGGGGCCCAUCAUGCCCGGACACCUGCAGGAGGGCUUCGGGUGCGUCGUCACCAACCGCUUCGAUCAGCUCUUCGAUGACGAGUCCGACCCCUUCGAGGUGCUGCGCGCGGCGGAGAGCCGGAGGAAGGAGAGCGGCGGCGGCGGCGGCGGGAGCCAAGCGGGCGGCGGGGCCCGAGGCCCGGCGGGCGCCCAGAGCGGCUCCUCGGGCGGAGCCGGCGGAGCAGGCCAGGCGGGCGGCGGCGCGGGCAGCGCGGCCAAGCAGCUGCGCAGGGAGUCGCAGAAGGAACGCAAGAACCCGCUGCCGCCCUUCGCCGGCGGGGACCGCCGGGAGGAUGGCGGGGGCCAGCCCGGAGCGCCGCUGCGGAAGGAGGGGAUAAGGAGGAUUGGCAGGAGGCCUGAUCAGCAGCAGCAGCAACAGCAGCAGGGCGAGGGCAAACCCAUCGACAGGAGACCCGAGCGACGACCUCCCCGCGAGCGCCGCUUCGAGAAACCCGCCGAGGACAAGGGCGAGGGAGGAGAGUUCUCUGUGGAUAAACCCAUCCUGGAGAGGCCCAUGCGUGGCCGUGGAGGGCUGGGCCGGGGCCGUGGCCGCGGGCGCGGGAUGGGCCGAGGCGACGGAUUCGACUCUCGUGGCAAACGCGAAUUCGACAGACACAGCGGCAGCGAUAGAUCUUCUGUUUCACAUUCACAUUUCAGCGGCCUAAAGCACGAGGACAAGCGCGGCGGCAGCGGAUCGCACAACUGGGGAACCGUCAAAGACGAGCUAACUGAAUUGGAUCAGUCAGCUGUAACUGAGGAAACGCCAGAGGGAGAGGAGCACCCGCCUGCUGAUUCUGAAAACAAAGAGAAUGAGGUUGAAGAAGUGAAGGAAGAAGGCCCUAAGGAAAUGACCCUGGAUGAGUGGAAAGCCAUUCAGAGCAAGGAUCGUGCAAAAGUCGAGUUCAACAUCCGCAAACCAAACGAGGGAGCUGAUGGGCAAUGGAAAAAAGGAUUUGUGCUCCACAAGUCAAAGAGUGAGGAGGCCCACGCCGAGGACUCGGUGAUGGAUCACCACUUCCGCAAGCCCGCCAACGACAUCACGUCCCAGCUGGAGAUCAACUUCGGGGACCUGGGGCGCCCCGGGCGCGGCGGCAGAGGGGGCAGGGGGGGCCGGGGCCGUGGGGGCAGGGCCAGCCGUGGGGGCAGGACUGACAAGCUGGUCAAGGAGUUUGAUGUGAUCCACACGCCCAGCCAGUCAAGUGCUUCUGCUCCUGACGUAGAUGACCCAGAGGCUUUCCCAGCUCUGUCCUAAACUGGAUGUCAUAAAGCCAACCCUGCCCUGGUGGGGCCUUCCUCUCCGAGGCUUGCAUGCUUAAGGAUCCUAAAACAACUAAGAAAUUGAAAAAAAAAAAAAAAACAAAACAAAAAAAAGAGACUGUCAUUCAUACCAUUCACACCUAAAGACUGAAUUUUAUCUGUUUUGAAAAUGAACUUCUCUCGCUACACAGAAGCAACAAUAUGGUAGUCAAGUUUUGUAUUUAGAAGUGUAAUGGUAGCAGGGAUGUUUUCAUAAUUUUUUCAGAGAUUAUGCAUUCUUCAUGGAUACUUUUUUGUAUUGCUGCUUGAAAAUAUGCGUUUCCAAACUUGAAAUAUAGGUGUGAACAGUGUGUACCA